UGUCAGUGGUCCACGAUCGGUGACCCAAUCCAGCACAGCCUCUGGUUCGUCAUCAUCACCACCCUAUACCUUCCACAGGAGAGAGCAGUCACUGGUGUUGUAUAUAUCUGCUUGCAUCAUAACCUUCAUAUAAGUAAAACCCAACAAGUUCAAAGGCAAAACCAAAAUUGCCAAAAGUAUAAAUAUAUAUAUUUUUCCAAAUUCCAAUAGCGCAGACCUAAACAGAGAUUGUGGGCAAUGAUGGGUCGGCUGCAGGAGAAGUUCAGGUCCUUCUUCAGCAACAGAUGGCUGGUUUUUGUGGCUGCAAUGUGGGUACAAUCCUGUGCGGGUAUUGGUUACUUGUUUGGGAGCAUAUCACCGGUGAUAAAGAGCUCUAUGGACUACAAUCAGAGGCAGAUUGCUAGGUUGGGUGUGGCUAAGGACCUUGGGGACAGUGUUGGCUUCUUGGCUGGGAGCUUGUGCGAGGUCCUGCCUUUAUGGGCAGCUUUGCUCAUUGGUGCUUUGAUGAAUUUUAUUGGGUAUGGCUGGGUUUGGCUUAUUGUUACUGGUCGAGCUCCUACUCUGUCUUUGUGGGCUAUGUGCGUUCUUAUAUUCGUGGGAACAAAUGGUGAGACCUUCUUCAAUACAGUUGCUCUGGUCUCUUGUGUGCAAAACUUUCCAAAAAGUCGGGGUCCUGUCGUUGGAAUUCUGAAGGGCUUUGCUGGGUUGGGUGGUGCAAUUAUGACUCAGAUAUAUGUGACGAUCCAUUCCCCAGACCAUGCAUCAUUGAUUUUCAUGGUUGCAGUUGGUCCAACAAUGGUGAUUGUUGCUUUAAUGUUUAUUGUCAGACCAGUUGGAGGUCACAGACAAGUCCUGCCAACUGAUGCCAUGAGCUUCACGUUUAUUUAUAGUCUGUGCCUCCUAUUAGCUGCUUAUUUGAUGGGGGUCAUGCUAAUUGAAGAUCUAAUUGAUUUGAACCACACUGUGAUCACUUUAUUUACAGUCAUUUUGUUUGUCCUCAUCCUAAUUCCCGUUGUACUUCCUGUUCAAUUGAGCUUUUUCUCAGAGCCAAGAGCUCUAGAAGAAGAGGCACUCCUACCUGCGCCAGAGAAACAAGAAGCUGGCAAAUCUGAACAAGAUGCUAAUGAGGUAAUAUUCAGUGAGGUGGAAGAUGAGAAGCCUAAGGAAGUAGACUUGCUUCCAGCUUUAGAAAGGCAAAAACGAAUUGCCCAAUUGCAAACAAGACUAUUCCAAGCAGCUGCAGAAGGAGCAGUGAGGGUUAAGAGGAGGAGGGGUCCGCAUAGAGGGGAGGACUUCACCUUGACACAAGCUUUGAUCAAAGCUGACUUUUGGCUUAUUUUUUUCUCACUUCUCUUGGGUUCUGGAUCUGGUUUGACAGUGAUUGAUAACCUGGGUCAGAUGAGCCAAUCUCUAGGGUAUGAUAAUACACAUAUUUUUGUAUCCAUGAUCAGCAUUUGGAACUUUCUUGGUCGGGUUGGUGGCGGUUACUUCUCUGAGAUUGUUGUGAGGGACUACGCUUAUCCAAGACCAGUAGCAAUGGCUGUGGCACAACUCCUUAUGGCAGUUGGGCAUAUCUUCAUUGCUUUUGGAUGGCCUGGAGCAAUGUACAUUGCUACUAUCUUUGUUGGGCUAGGCUAUGGGGCUCAUUGGGCAAUUGUGCCAGCUGCUGCUUCUGAAUUGUUCGGCUUGAAAAAGUUUGGGGCUUUGUACAAUUUCCUCACAAUAGCAAACCCUGCUGGUUCGUUGCUCUUUUCCGGUGUGAUUGCUAGCAGUAUAUAUGACAUGGAAGCAGAGAAGCAAGCUCAUCAGCACCAUCACCUGCAUACCAGUCCAGGAUCAGUUUUCCAAGGCAUGCUUAGACUGGAUGCACCAAAGUGUGAUGGUGCUAUAUGCUUCUUUUUAACUUCUUUAAUUAUGUCCGGAUUAUGCAUUGUUGCAUUUGUUUUAAGCAUGAUAUUGGUACAUCGGACGAAGAUUGUAUAUACCAACCUCUACGGAAAAUCCCGUUCAGCUGGCCCGUCAUAACCAGAGGAUUCCAACUGAAUCAUCCUGUAUUUCCUAAGUUGCCAUUUCAAAAUAGAGUGCAUUUGUUCCAAA